GAGUCCAGUGUCUCGUUGUCGAUCGAUCGAUAAAGACUUGACAGCUAGACUCAACGAAUAAUCAAGCGCUCAUGAAGAAUAAUUGAGGAUUAAUCAGGUGAAUUACGUGAAACAAUGUGGAAACUUAUUCUACUUGUCGUGGUCACGUUGACCUCGGCAAUGGAACUCGUCGAUCAUACUCCGUUGAAUAACACAACGCCUCACGUUUAUGGUUUCGAAAUCGAUUAUGAGAAUAAUCAAUUUUUGUUGGACGGAAAACCUUUUCGUUACGUUUCCGGAAGUUUCCACUACUUUCGUACACCGAAGGUCUAUUGGCGGGACAGAUUGAGGAAGAUGAGGGCUGCGGGUCUCAAUGCCGUUUCAACUUACGUAGAGUGGAGUCUCCAUCAGCCAAGGCCAAACGUCUGGCGAUGGGACGGCGAAGCGGACAUUGUAGAAUUCCUCAGAAUCGCCCAAGAGGAGGAUCUCCUGGUUCUGCUGCGACCAGGCCCGUACAUUUGCGCUGAACGUGACCUUGGGGGUCUGCCGCCCUGGCUGAUGACCCUCGUGCCGGAUAUAAAAAUGCGGACCAAUGACGCUCGUUACAUGGGGUACGUCGAGGUGUACUUCCAACAGCUAUUGACUCGGGUGGAGCCUCUUCUCAGGGGUAACGGUGGACCUAUUAUCAUGGUCCAAAUUGAGAAUGAGUACGGAAGCUUCCCCGCGUGCGAUGUGAAGUACAGGGAGGCUCUGCGUGACAUCAUCACACGGUAUGUGGGGAACAAGGCACUCUUGUACACGACUGACGGGUCUGGAACGUCUUAUCUUCGCUGCGGAGUUGUUGCCGGGGCUUAUGCCACCGUUGACUUCGGGGCUAGUGCGAAUGUCACGAGUUCGUUCGGUGCUAUGCGAAAAUAUCAGCCAAAUGGGCCUCUCGUCAAUUCGGAAUACUACACGGGCUGGUUGACCCACUGGGACGAAGCCUUCCAGAGGGUCUCGACCGCCGCCUUCAUAAAGACCCUCAAGGCAAUGUUGAACCUGAACGCCUCCAUCAAUCUCUACAUGAUGUACGGCGGAACGAACUUUGGUUUUACCGCUGGGGCCAACGGCGGCGAGAAUCAGUACACCCCGCAAAUAACAUCUUACGAUUACGACGCACCUUUAACCGAAGCGGGUGAUCCCACAGAUAAAUAUUUCGCACUGCAUGAUGCACUCGCCGAGUACCUGCCGAUGCCGAAUUUGUCGUUGCCCACGGCUGCACCGAAGGGUAAUUACGGAGUUGUUGGGCUCCAACCAGUUACGAGGCUGUUUGAUAGUCAGGCGAGGCGUCUGGCAGCGAAGGUUGGGUUCCAUAAGACGGCUCCGACUUUCGAGCAGUUGGAUUUGCCGACUGGAGUCGUUCUUUACGAGACUGAACUUCCGGCCGGGCUCAAAGAUCCUGCCGUUCUCAGUGCUGAUGUCGCGGACAGAGCGCUCGUUUAUCUUGAUGAUUAUUUGGUCGGGACUUUGAGCCGAACGCUGAAGCUCAAGGCGCUGAGCUUGCAGAAUCCCUAUGCGAAGAGAAUUCAGAUUCUUGUGGAGAGUCAGGGACAUUUGAAUUUUGGGAGCGUUGUUCAGGAUUGGAAGGGUAUCUUCAACGCAAAAGUUGAUGGCAAACCUCUGAAAAACUGGAACGUGAGCUCCUUCCCACUGGACAACCUGCAACCGGUGGGAAACUUCUCCGUUACGAGUUUCACAUCCGGCAAUCAAGUGAACGGUCCCUUCAUCCUUCGAGCGUCAUUCAAGGUGGAGGGGCCACCCCUGGACACGUACCUCAGUACGAAAGAAUGGGGUAAAGGUGUUGCUUACGUCAACGGACACAAUCUCGGGAGGUACUGGCCGAAGACUGGACCGCAGGUCACACUUUACGUGCCCGGAACAUGGCUCAAGACUGGUAUUAACGAACUUAUCGUGAUUGAGUAUGAGUAUGUGCCUGCUGAACUGAGAAUGGUAUUCCAGGGGGUUCCCAAUCUGGGGAGAUCCCACAUGAGAGUCAAAAAUGAUUGAGUUGUCAAAUGUAAUUAUCAUAUUUUUUAUAUGAAUUACUAAUAGUCGCAGUGUACACGAUGUUACAAAUAAAUACUAAAAUACACUGAUA